AUGGCUCCCUUCACCUCGGACUUAAGUACUCGGAUAUCUGGAGCUGUUUCGUCAAUUGCACCAACCCUGCAUAUGGAGCUGAGUAAUGAGCGUCUGGAGCGUAUUCGGGAGACAUUUGGCUCUUCUGUUGAUUAUUAUCUUGCUCAAGCGCCUUGGUCCCUUGCCCGUGAACAUGCUGCUCGCCUGGUAGGCAAGACGCGAGUACGUUUGUUGGCUGGUUCUGAGACACCAACUGCGAAGGCAAAUAUGGAGCUUAUAUGUCAAAUCCUCGCGGAACGGGGAAUCACAAAUGAAAUACGUCAGGUGCCAGAUGCGCCGCAUGAGCGAUUGGGUCGAGGGGUUGGCAUUUUGGCGUGA